GUCUGUUUAUCUCCUGAUUAGAAGUCUUUCGUGUCUUAUAUCACGAUCUGAACACAGAUAUUCCUGUUCUGUUACACACAGCAUACAGAGAUGAAGGCCGCCGUCUUUGUAUUUCUUGCCGUAGCUAUUGUGUACGUUUUAUCAGAGCGAUGCAACGUCCUGUCUAAUUGUGCCGAUACCAUAUGCAGCGGUAACGCCUCUCAUGUGGAAUGCGAGCAUCAUCAGUGCACGUGCAUUGCUAACCCAAUGUCUUGCAGUGACCGAAAUGAUUGCCACAUGUCGGAUUCGCGCAGAUGCCCAGACAAACACGAGGAGUUUCACUGCCUUGACGGGAUGUGUACCUGUCUGGAUUUACACUAAAGCUACCUGGAAUGGAAAAUAAGUUGAUCCCACGAAAAAGAACGUUUCACAAUCUAUUAAAUGUAUGCAACAUCUCAAUACAUAUUACGAUAAAAAUAAAUUAUUAAACACA